CCCGGUUCCGUGCACGGGCGCGAGCUGGCUGGGCACGUUCCCAUCGCCUGCGGAUCUGAGGCGCCUCGUGCUGAUCUGCACGCCGACGGUUCUGUUUUUGAGGCUGCGCGCUUAGGAAGUAACCGGAGAGGCGGCGACCUGCGGACUGAGCCCCUGCGCGUGUCUGUUCCAGCUCCAGGACAAAGUUCGAGUUCAGGCAGGAAACGGCGCGCGAGCCAUCCGGGAUCCACCGUUCACCACAGAGCCGUGCGCGAGGAGGUGGUGACAUCACUACGGGAUCGUCACCGCUACGGUCCGCUGUCCGCGAGACAGACGUGGGCUCGUGACCGGCGGAUGCGGCAGCACGUCGUAUACGUUCCCUCCCGUUUCCGUGUGGACAGAGUUGUUGGGACUGUGAGCGCGAGAACACUGACUCGGAGCUCGUUCACAUCGCUGCAUUCAUGCUCGCGUGCUCCGUCAUACGCCCGCGUGCAGAAUGGCAUCGAGCGAGAGGCUGUACGAGGUGUGGAUGCUGUACUGCAGUAAGAGGGACCCUGAUUAUCUGAAGCUCUGGCUGGAGGUUUUCAUCAGCUCCUACGACAGGUGUCUGGAUGUGGACUUUGAGAAACCGCCCAGCAGGUUGGAGGAGGUACCCCCACUCCUCUCCCUGCUCCCUGAUAACAUCUUGCAGGUGUUGCGUGUGCAGUUGGCUCAGUGUGUGCAGAAGAUCUCUGCAGGUCUGGAACCAGAGCAACAACAUCUCACCCUGCUACUGCUCAAACUCCUCAUCAUCAUCUGCAGGAACCCAUCCAACGUGGAGGAGAUUGGCACCUGUUCCUACAUUAACCAGAUCGUCACCAUGACAACCCUCUACAUACAGCAGCUGAAGAGUAAGACUAAGGAGAAAACGAUGUCUGAUCACACUCAGGCUGAGGAGUUUGUCCGCCACGCUUUAGCCUUCUGUGAGACUCUCUAUGACCCCUAUCACAACUGGAGACACCGCGUCCACAGGCAGCAGCUGGGUGCCGUUGACAGAAGCAGACAGAGGUUCAAAGCUUCCCCUCUGACUGUGGAGUUUGUGCCGUUUUUCUACCAGUGUUUCCAGGAGAGUGAGCACCUGAAGGACAGUCUGAAGUGUUGUCUUCUCCACUUGUUUGGAGCAGUAGUUGCUGGUGGACAGAGGAAUGCUCUGUUGGCCAUCUCUCCUGCUACAGUGGAGGUGUUGCUGGGUGUUCUGGGUGGAGCGGAGGCUCUGGCGGCGGGUGGAGACGGGGACGACUGUGAGAGCGAGUCCCCUGGUCGUAAGGUGGUGCUCACGCUUGGCUGUCUGAGGGAGGUGGUGCACAGCUUACUGGCCAGCAGCUCCGACCAACGACAGGUGGAGAUCAGCUCUGUGCUUGAGAGCUACUUCAAGCUGCUGAACUCUGACCCCAACACCACCGCACAGGUUAAAGGUGGCCCGGCACCACCCAGGUCGCGGCACUGGGAGAGCCGGGCCGUGGCACUGCAGAUACACAUGCUGGAAACUAUCCAGGACAUGUUUGAGUGUUCGGAUCGCCCUGUUUUACAGGCCAUCUUCCUCAACAGUAACUGCUUUGAGCACUUGAUACGCCUCCUACAGAACAGCAGGCUGGUAAAUGCUCAGUACAUUGCUGCAGACAAGGAGCAGAAAGAUUUAACCAACAGGUUACUGACAGGAGUGCUUGAGACACAGGUUUUUCAGGGCAGGCUCGACUCUCUCGCCGUGGCAACAAUCAAAGCCCUAACAACAGUGAUGCACAAAUCUCCAGCUGCCAAGGAGGUGUUUAAGGAGCGGAUAGGCUACACCCACCUGUACGAGGUGCUGGUGUCUCUGGGUCAGCCCUCCACACACCUGUUGAAGGAACUCAUGAACAUGGCGGUGGAGGGUGAACACUCCUCUGUUGGUCUGUUGGGUGUCAGUAACGUUGACCCAUUGUUGCUGCUGCUUCAGUGGCUCCCUGAGCUUGAGUCCUCAGACCUGCAGAUCUUCACAGCUGAUUGGCUGCGGCGGAUCUGCGGUCUGAACCGGCACACGCGGGCCACAUGUGUGAACGCCUGCAUGACGCUUCGUGUGCUCUCCACGCUGGAGAAACACCAGCGUCUACACCGGGCCUGCGGCGAGAGCCUGGUGGCGCUGUUGGGUUCCCUGGGCGGCCAAUCGUUGAGCGGGGUGGAGCUCCAUCAGCUGCUCCGCCUCGUCCGUCAGGACGAGCCGGGCCGCACACACCCGUACGUCGGGCCCGUUCUGCGUGCCCUGCUGGCCAUGCUCAGGAAGCACGGCCUGGACAGCGCCAUGCAGUACUUUGACCUGACUCCGCCCAUGGCUGGCAUUGCUGUGCCGACCAUCACACGCUGGCCUGGCUCCGCCUUCAGCUUCCUAGCCUGGCUGUCAUUGGACCAAGAUCAGCUGGGACCACCCAGCAAAGGAGAGAAGAGGAAACAGUUAUACAGUUUUUUCACGGCAGGGGGUACAGGCUUUGAGGCCUUCAUUAGCUCCGUGGGUGCACUGGUGGUGGCCGUGUGCAGUAAGAAGGAAUACGUCACCGUCACACUGCCUGACUACAGCUUCUGUGACUCGCUGUGGCACUUCAUUGGUGUGGUCCAUGUCCCUGGGAAAAGACCCUUUGGACAGAGUCUGGUGUCCAUCUACGUGGAUGGACAACAGAAGCUCUCGGCCCCGCUGAAGUUCCCCACCAUGGCUGAAUCUUUCACCUCGUGCUGUAUUGGCUCUGCGGGUCACCGUACCACCACCCCACCCCCCUCUCAGAUCCCUGACCCCCCUUGCUCGGCUGGCGUCCCUUCUAGCCGCUCCUCUCUGGGAGGGCUCCUCUCCACGCAGGCCUGGGGGGGGCUGCUGGGCGGCAGGUCCGAGUCCGUCACCAAACUGAUCUCCGCAGGGACGCAGGACAGCGAGUGGGGCAGCCCCACUUCCUUACAGGGGCAACUAGGCAGUGUCAUAGUGUUCUACGAGCCCCUGACGACCAAUCACAUCAAAGCUCUCUUCAGUGCAGGACCAAACUGUAUAUCUCCAUUUAAGAGCCAGGAGGCAGAGCUGGGAGACCUGACCAAUCGUGUGCUCCUACACUACUCUCCAAAGGCGUGUAAGAACCCGAUUUGUCUGGAUCUGUCGCCCAAUUCACUCCACGGACGACUCACAGGGAAUAAAGUCGUCAACUGGGAUGUCAAGGACAUGGUUAACUGCGUGGGAGGGAUUCCUGUGCUCUUCCCCAUCCUGGAGCAGCUCACCCUCCUGACCCCAGAGCACCUGGAUGAGCCCUCAGGGUCAGAGUUCAUAACCCCUGAGACUGGCACAUCUACUGAAGGGGACUGGGUCAUACUGCCUUCAAACAGAGCUUCAGAGGCACGUCUGGAGAAGAAUCUGGUUGCGACUUUCCUGCUGGUGGUGAAACACUUCCUACAGAGACACGUGAUAAACCAGGAGACGCUACUGCAUACACACGCUGUGCCGACGCUGGGACUGCUACUGCAGAAGGUGCCUGCAUUCCUACUGGAUGUGAGUGUGUUGGUGGCGGUGCAGAUGUUGAUAGAGCAGGUGUCCUAUGAGAAGAACACACAACUCCUCCAACAGCUGCACACACACCUGCUCUUCAGCUUCCACAUCUGGAACCAUGGCGACUUUCCUCUGCGUAUUGGUCAUAUCCAGUACAUGUCCACUGUGAUCAAAGACAGCAGGAAGCAGUUCAGGAAGAAGUAUGGAGUCCAGUUCUUGCUUGAUACAAUCCGCCUUUACUAUGGAAGUGUGAACUGUGAGGGUGAUCUCAGUGAUGAUGAUGUUCGUACCAUCAGAGCGUCUCUUUGUGGUCUCCUGAAGUAUUACAUCAGCAAAGGCACAACACAAGAGGAGAUCCAAAGCAUUCUGGGAUACAUUGCUGCCAUUGGAGAUGAGGAUCAGCUGUGUGGCAUGUUGGAGCUGCUCCUGUCUAUGCUCCAGACCAGUGUGGUGCGUGAUCAGCUGUUCCUUCUGCUGUUUGAACCGGGAGCUGCAGACUCCUGUUACGCCUUACUGCUUCACCACAAACACACAGACCGCCUCCGAGAGCUCGUCUUCAAGCUGUUUGAGCGCAUGCUGAGGUGUGAUCGUGUGUAUGAGCGCAGUAAACAGCGCCUCAGGCUGAGAGACGUGGGUUACUCUGGCUUCACCCUCCUCUUCAGUGACCAGCAUAUCACCCCCACCCUCAUCAAGGGCCUCCUAUACCAGAUCCUCCACACAGACACAGCAGUGAACUAUAAGGAUCUGAUGGCAGUGGUUCAGCUGACACACCGUGCUGGAGUUGGGAUACGUCUGAUCGUCUGCAGGAGUGUGUACUCCCUUCUCCAGUCUCAGUCAGACGCAGCAGUCCAGAUCUCCCGACAGCCGUGUUGGCAGGACACACUCAUGCGUGUGCUGGUGCGCGUGUGUGUGGGGGACGAGGGCUCGGCAGGCACCCGGGCAGACACGGCCAGCGUGGGCAGUCGCAGCAGCACCAACACCUGCCCGGAGUCUCUGGAGCGUCGGGCGCAGUUGGACCACGGAGAGCGAGACAGCAUGUCUGGGGGAGACAGCAGGUCUGUGGACAGCCUGGACAACAGGGACCUGCUGUCCCUGUCCGAGACCCCCGCCAGGUUCGGGCGCUUGAGUCUCGACCUGUCCCGGGUACCAGCGUUCGAACAGGGGGGCAGUGGGACCCAGACCCCCGCGAGCAUGCUCAGCACCCCCUCCCCACUGGAGAGUGUCAAGCCCUUCCCUGGAUCCGCCCCCGAGCGUGAGACUUCCUCUCUGGGUGAUGACAGCUUCCUGUUCAGCGACAAUGUUUCUCUGGGAGAGUCUUUUAACGGCACUGAGCGCACAGAGGAGGAGCUAUUUCGGUUGUUGUUGGACAUCGUGUUGUGUGUGAUGUGGAGGGGUGUUGGGGGCUCUGAUGAUGCUGCUUGGCUGGAGAGGGGGCAGGUGUUCUCUGCCCUCACCAAACUGGGCACUGCCAAUGACCUGCUGGUGCCAGUGGACCACAUCAAACUCAGCCUCCUGGAGCGCAUGCUGGAGUGGGCUGCAGCAGACAACCGGGAGUCUCCGGUGUCCUCGCUGCCGCAGCACACGGAGAACGCCGUGCGUCUUCUGCACGUGGUGCAGGACUUUCUGCAGGCAGAGGGUCUGGUGAACCCUGCACUCUGGACAGAGCGGGUCCUGGAGGAGACCGUCGGCCUGAUGGACGGCCUCGUGGUCUGGUACACGGCCGGCUCCCAGUGGUUGCAGCUCUCUCGGAUCGGACUCCGUCUGCUGCUGGGGUUCAUGGCACAGCCGGAUGCCCAGGUGUGUGCCAUGGCGACGGCGAAACUGAACGGUGUCCUUCAGACAAAGGCCGUGGGUUCCCAAGACGAGGCAUGCUUCCUCCUGGGUCAGGUGGAGGGAAUUCUCCGUCGUGCGGUGGAGGAGCAGAGGGAGGAGACCUACUCCUUCCUGGUUCCCCUCCUCCGCACGCUCCUGUCCAAGGUGUACAAACUGCUAUACAUGGAGCUUCACCUCCCCUCUCUGCCCGACACCAACGGAAGCCCCUCCUUCUUCGAGGAUUUCCAGCUCUACUGCCGCACCCCCGAGUGGCGCGUCUACCUGGACAAAUACAUCGUCCCGUAUAUGAAGCAGUACGAGGUUGAGACGUUCAGUCAGGGUCAUGAGACCAUGGCUCGGUACUGGAAAGACUGUUAUGAGACGUACAUGACCAGUCUGCACCGCAGGGAGCGUGAGAGGGGGGAGAGCAAGAUACACUUCCAGGAGCAGUUUGUGGAGCCGUUUAGCCGCAGGGGCCGGCAGGAGAACUUGCGCUACAACAGCAUGUUGAAACAGAUCCACACGCAGAACAGUGCCAUCCUCAGGCAGUGGAAGGCAGCACGCAGGGGCCUGAUCUGUGAGAGAGGCCCCUGGGUGGACAGGGAACAGAAGGUUGUACACUGGAAGUUGUCCAGUGCGGAGAAUUACUCACGCAUGCGGCUGAAACUAGUGAGAAAUUAUAACUUUGACCCCCACUGUGAGGCCAGCGCCCUGCGGGACAACCUGGGUGUGCAGCAGCAGCAGGUGAGGGCGGAGUCUUUACUGUUGGAGGCUGUGAAGCAGGUGAAGGUGAGUGACCUGGAGGAUGAUGUUCUGGACCUGGAGGAGGAACCCAGCGCAGCCAACCAGGUGGUGGAUGAAGACGAGGCUCAGAAGGAGAAGCUGGUGAUGAUGGAGGAGUGUGAGCUGGUGACCAUGGUGGAUGUGUACCCUGGACGUCUGGAGCUUACCACCCAGCAUAUCUACUUCUACGAUGGCAGCACUGAGAAAGAGGAGGGUGUGGGGCAGGACUUUAAAUGGCCUCUGUCUCAGAUCCGAGAGAUUCACCUGCGCAGGUAUAACCUUCGUCGCUCAGCCCUGGAGGUCUUCCUUAUCGACCAGACCAACUACUUCCUCAACUUCAAGAAGGAGGUGCGUAAUACAGUGUACACGCGGAUGUUGCUGCUGUGCUCUCUCUCUCUCCAUGGCACUCGUUCGCCACAGGAGCUUCUCAAGGCCUCUGGCCUUACCCAGAAAUGGGUGAACAGGGAAAUCUCCAACUUUGACUACCUGAUGCAGAUGAACACUAUUGCAGGGAGAACGUACAACAACCUGGCCCAGUACCCUGUGUUUCCCUGGGUCCUGUCUGACUACACAUCUGAGGAGCUUGACCUGUCUGACCCACGCGUCUACCGAGACCUCUCCAAACCUGUGGCCGUGCUCAACGACAAGAACUCCAAGGCCGUCAGAGAAAAGUUUGAGAGCUUCGAGGACCCCACAGGUUCCAUUGACCGGUUCCACUAUGGCACUCACUACUCCAACGCAGCAGGAGUCAUGCAUUACCUCAUCAGAGUGGAGCCCUUCACCUCCCUCCAUAUACAGCUGCAGAGUGGCAGGUUCGAUUGUGCAGAUAGGCAGUUCCACUCUAUCCCAGCUACUUGGCAGACUCUCAUGGACAACCCCAAUGAUGUAAAAGAGUUGAUUCCAGAGUUCUUCUACUUCCCAGAGUUCCUUGAGAAUCAGAACGGUUUUGAUCUGGGUCGGUUGCAGCUCACUAAGGAGCGUGUAAAUGAUGUCAUCUUGCCGAGAUGGGCCAAGACGCCGGAGGAGUUCAUUUACAAGCAUCGCAAAGCCCUGGAAUCUGAUCACGUCUCUGCUCACCUACAUGAGUGGAUUGAUCUGAUCUUCGGCUACAAGCAGAGAGGAGACGCAGCAGUGGAGGCCCUGAAUGUUUUCUACUAUUGCACAUACGAAGGUGCUGUAGAUCUGGAUGCCAUCAUCGAUGAGAAGGAGCGGAAGGCUCUAGAAGGAAUGAUCAGCAACUUUGGCCAGACACCAUGCCAACUGUUAAAGGAGCCCCAUCCUGUCCGCCUGUCCAGGGAGGAGCUGGAGAAGAAGAAAGCUCGAGCGGACACCUGUCCUCUCAACAUCUUUGAACACCUCACUGAACUCAAGUCUUUCUUUGUGGAGGGGAUCAGUGAUGACGUGGCGCUGGUGAAAGCCGUCGUACCCAAGAACCAGUCGCACUCCUUCAUCUCUCAGGGCAGUCCCGACAUGCUGGUGACGGUGAGUCAGAACUGUCUGAUGGGAGCUCACUCCUGGCUGCCGUAUGAUAAGAACAUCUCCAACUACUUCACCUUCAUCAAGGAUCCCACCGUCGCUAGUCCCAAGACACAGCGUUUUUUGGCAGGACCCUUCUCUCCUGGGGUCGAGGUCAUGUCUAAGCUGUUUGUGGUCUCUCAUGAUGGGAAGUUGUUGUUCAGUGGGGGUCACUGGGACAACAGCCUGAGGGUGACCUCACUAUUGAAGGGCAGAACAGUGGGACACCACAUCCGCCACAUGGAUAUAGUGACGUGUCUGACCACUGACCACUGUGGGAUCCACCUGAUGUCAGGCUCCAAGGACACAACCUGCAUGGUGUGGCACGUACUGCAGCAGGGUGGGGCCCCUGUGGGUUUGUGUCCUAAGCCGUUACAGGUGCUGUAUGGACACACGGACGAGGUUGUGAGUGUGAGCAUCAGCACAGAGCUGGACAUGGCUGUGUCAGGGGCGAGGGAUGGGACUGUGAUCAUCCACACGGUGCGUAGAGGUCAGUGUAUGCGUGUGUUGAGGCCGCCGUGUGAGAGCAGUCUACCUGCCUCCAUCACACACCUGGCUGUGUCCUGGGAGGGGCAUGUGGUAGUGCACACCUGUGUGGAGGGCAAAGCCACGCUCAAGGAUAAGAACACACUACACCUGUACUCUGUGAAUGGGAAGCACCUGUGUAGUGAACCUCUGAAGGAACAGGUGACUGACAUGUGUGUGUGUGGAGAGUUCAUAGUCACAGGCAGCGAGGAGGGCUUGCUAUCUAUCAGAGACCUGUACAGCCUGGCGCUGUGUGCGUCUCCCAUGGCGAUGCGCAAGCCUGUCCGAUGUGUGUCCGUGACGAAGGAGCACUCUCACAUGCUGGUUGGGCUGCAGGACGGGAAGCUGAUCCUGGUGGGAGUGGGCAAGCCUUCCGAGAUGCGCUCUGGCCAAAUCACGCGGAAAUUCUGGGGUUCCAGUAAGCGUCUGACCCAGAUCUCAUCCGGAGAAACGGAGUAUCUCACCCAAGAUCAUCUCUGACUCCCACCCUAGUCCCCAGUCCCACUGCCUGAUUAGCCCACUGCUCUGUCAGUCACCACAGUCUCCCAAUCAGGGAGAAGCAUGUGCUGAUGGCUGCUGUAGUCCUGUGGUGUUGUGCUCUGUUUGUGUCUGUGAUGCAGUAGAGCAGUGGCUGAACUGGUGGGGGCGCAGUGUCCAGCUACGUGUGUUCUCCACCCCAACACCACCCUCAAAUACCCCCAACACCCCGUAACCAUCCCCCACCAACAAUAAUGUGUGCGCGUGCGUGUGUGUGUGUGCAUGUGUGUAUGUGUAUGUGUGUGUGUGUGUGUGUGUGUGUGUG